AUUUGAGCAAUGAUAAUUAGUAAAUUAUAUUUGUAAAAGAGUAUUGUCAAUGUAAAUAGGAUAAUAAGUUAUAAAAUAUGCUACAUUUAAGCUAAAUAUUGAAUUCUCACUAUGCGUUGAGUAGCGACGAGAGAAAGCGUCAAAAUGGCGUCGUUGAUCCCCGAAAACGGUGUUGUGUUCGAUUAUUCGAGCCAAGCGCCUUCUCCUUGUAAAGAUUUCUGCCAAAUACUCAUAACUAAAAAGGAGAUGAUUUUGCGCAUAUGGAAGAUCACACGCUUGAGCGAGAUAAACCUGUCUCCACCACCCCCUGCUCAGUACACUUGCACUUUUGAGGAUUUUGAUUAUGAUGAGAAGAUGCAGAGUGAGAUCCACAGGGUGUUUGGCAAGGGCAUGGUUGAGUAUGUACAUGGGAUAACACAAGGACGCCUAGACUAUCUGCCCAGACUAGAGAAUGACAUAGCAUUGAGAAUCAUUCGCUUCCUAGAGUUAGAAGAUAUUGCUCAUCUGGCACAGGUCUCCAAACAUUUUAGAGAUCUUUGUAGCAGUAAUGAAUUAUGGGAAAAGAUCUACAUUGAUAGUAGUGAAACUCCAGUAACAGAUGAGUUACGGGACUUGGCAGAAAAAGAAGGCUGGAAAAAACUUUUCUUUACAAACAAACUACAACUUCAGGUUCAGUUAAGAAGACAAGCAAGGAAGCGUAAAUUAUCAGAAAAAGGGGAGGGACUUGUACCAGAAGAGGCUUUCAUGACGGAAAACACUGAUGAAUAAAAUGUCCCCAAUCGAAAAAAUCUCCAUAUUGUACAUACCAGGUUGAUCAAUAAGUUACGAGAAAAAGUCUGUCUUCAUAUCAGAGCCUUUUCAAGAACUUAUUGAUCAACUUGAUACAAAACUUUCCGCCUUAUUGAGCAUGUGACACAUCAACAAACAUUAGGACUCAACAGAUGAGCCAACUGUAUUUGUUAUUAAUUUGGCAUUAUUUAAAUUCAUUUUUAUGCCUAUUUAGUUGGUGAAUUUUAGCAUUACUGAUAUAAAGCAAAGAAACCUAGGCCCAAACCAAUAUGAUAUAAAAGUCAGAAAUGGGCUGUCAGGGAAUCAGUAUUAAUUAGGAAGCCAUAAAAACAUAUAUUUAGACCCAAAACACAUAAAAUAUCACAGGCCCAUAGUCAGGGGGUUUGGGUGGUUCAAGCGAACAAUGCACUGGUCAAUAAAUCUUUCAAAAUUAUGCAG